AUGGGCAAGAAAGCUUUAAAAGAAGGACAGAACAACGAAGGCUUCGUGGUUGAUCCACAUGACGUAGAAGCACCGCCCGCUCCCGGGGUGAGCUGGAUUGUGAUUGAUUUGUCCAGCAUGAGCAACAUCGACCCGACUGGCUCGGACAAAAUCAAGGCUCUGGCCGUUGAGUACAAGAAUGUCAACAUCAACCUUUGCGUCGCUGGUCCUUCUGACUCGGCGUUUGAGAAGAUGCAACGGUGGGGUAUGUGCGAGGGCGAAAACGGUGUGCGAGUUUUCACAAACGUGCACGAGGCCGUGACUACCAUUAAACAUGAGGCUUUGACUAAUCCUGGACAGGCGUAAAAGUAGUUUUCUCUGGCAAUUAUUUAUAAGAAACUAGU